AUGUCCAACAAUUAUCAAUUACACUUCAACCAAAAGUCAAAGGCACCCAAACUGUCUACUCGCCAAUUCGUCAUAAACAAAUAUCUUACAGUCACAUCAUCUGUAGACUGUAUAGAAGAGUUUCUACAGGUUCAUCUGGGUAGCCGACCCCCGGCCAACCCAGUCGUCCAUCCUUUCGAGGCUGGUAAAUGGGUAGACGACGUAAGUUGUCGCAUGUUGGCCGGCGAGGUGGCUCAAAUGCGCGCUGAGUCAAACAUCUCAAUGGCUAUCAUAUACUCAGCGUAUAUGAUUCGGUGGUUGCGCGUGCACAUAAAUACAUGUGUACGUCGUGUGAAAAGGAUAAACAGCCCUUGUGGCGAAGAUGGCUGCUUCAAAUCAAUGGUUGAAGAAAUGAAGAACAUAAAAGAUAUACAAAUACUAUAUCUGCAACAUUUCAGUCUGCCGAACAAAUUCAAGACAAGAAAUUUGAUGUUCUGGCAGCAGAUGAAAACAGACAUUUCACUUCUGACGAUAUUUGCUUGCAUAGAUCUACACCACAAUGGCUACAAAUGUUUUGACGUCGCACGGAAACUGGUAAACGGUUCAGGUGUUCAUUCUGGCCCGCAUGGUGGUGUUGUCCUCAAUCUGAAAAAUUAUCUCAGAACGUCUCAGAGGGAUUUAAACUUUCAUCCGAAAAUAUUCGAAUACUUAUGUGUUUGUAUCUGA